CAUCCAUCCAUCCAUCUAUCCAUCCCCCAAUGCCAUCCUCACGGCAGGUAGGCCUCAGUUGAUGUGCGUUGGCGUGGUGCAGCUGCAGCUCUCGACUAUCUUGGCCAUUCCCUUCCACAUGCCCCUCACACCCGCCCAGGCCUCCCGCAGCGGGCACGGGCAGCGUCUGCUGCUGCACUGGUGCGGCUGCUGCCUGCCGUGGGGUGCGAGCGGCUGGUGGUGCUGCCGCUGCUCUUGCUGCUGGUGGUCCUGGUGCGGGGCGGCUUGGUGUCCGUCGGCUUGGUGUGGGCAGGGCUUGGGUGGUUGUCGAAGUUGCCCGCCUUGGCGGCAUUGGGGGCGGGGAGGGUGGGCUCGUCGACCUCUGAGAAGUAGAUGGUGUCGGACAUGGUGUUGAACUCCCACUCCGCCGCCUCCCUGGACGACUCGCGUAUCAACGCCUGCACACAUCAAACAGACUCGGUUUCAUUAUCACGGAAGAUGCAUGUGCCCUCGGCAUCCCUCCCAGCUUACCUCCCGUUUGGCCUGGCAGAGGUAACACAGCUGCCCUCCACUCCUUGCGGCAGGCAAACGGAUUGCCAUCACACGGGCUGUCCUCGGCACGCGCCGGGCCCUCCUCCGCUAUCUCCAGCAUCAGGGCCUUCGCCUCGUUGAGGUCCUUCAUGCGCUCGUCGCUGCCCUUGGUCUUGUCGGAGUGGUACUUGAGAGCGAGGAGGCGAUAACGCUUUAUCACGGACCCACUCGUCGCCCCCCUCCUCAGGCCGAGAAUGCGGUGGGCCUUGCUAAGCUGCUGGAGCUUCUCAAACCAGCACUCAACUGCCAUCUUAACAAAGCUGAACCUCACAAGCCCCUUGGGCUGCACAGACACAGACACACACGGGAUCCCCCUGCCCUUGUUUUCCCCUUGUAUCUUUCUCAUUUCUUGUGCAAGCCACAUGGUGCACCUCUCGUCAUGGCCAAUCUGGUGCAUGAGUGUGUAGUUGCCGUUAGCCAGCCGGUCCCUGCCGCAACAACGCAGGCAAGAAGGAUGUCUUUGGAUGUUUGCUGCUGCUGCUCACCCAGGGCGGGCAGGAUGGAAGCCGCCCAUUCUGUACAUAUGUGCUGAUGUCCUCCAUGUCUCCACCCGCAGCAGCAUUGUACGCACCCUGCCAAAGUGAUAUCGAAGACUCCAAGUCAAGGAGGCGUAACUCCACUCUUUAUGGACCGCACUUAUUGAGUGCGUCUCGCUUACUGUUCAAGUGGAGCGAUGCGUUUUGCAUUAAUCGAAGAGCCAGCGAAUAUAAAAUGUAAGCAGCGAUUGACAAUGACAAUCUUGUUUCCUCGACGCUGCACCACCAUCGGCUGCCAGCUUGGCCGGCAUGGGAGGCACAACAGCAUCUUCUUGGCGAUUCUGCGCACAUACAUGAGAAUACGCGCGCACACACAGACACAUACACCAGAUACACAUUGACCGGUCUCUCGUGUCACCUGUGGCCUCAUGUUUCCGUUUCCUCCCUCCACCAGCCAUCAUCUGCAGCAGCAGGCUCGUCUGGCACCGGUGCCGUCUUGUGAGGGAGGCAAAGGGGCCUUUCUCGGUUGAUGGCACCUACCGUUUCGCUGGCGUUUGACGAUCCACUUGAAGAGCAUUACGUGCAGGCAGCACUGUACCAUGUGGCGGGUCCGAUCACACACCCAACACGGUCUCCUCAGAUAUAUCUGAACAAAUAUAAACAGCACAAAAACACCACCCCUGCACCCUUUUCGCCCUCUCUUUCCCCUCUCCCUUGCCUUUUGCGUCGUGUUUUCGCUUGCCCCGUCCGGACAGGAAGGUUCCCCAGCCGCCCGCAUCAGUAGCAGCAGCAGCAGCAGGCUGCUCGCGGACAGGCGGCGUCUUGUGGGCGUUUGGGGUCGGUUUGGCGCCGAAGUCGAUCAUGAGUUCGUUGGGGCAGCGAAUGCAUCGGUCGCCCGGGACGAGGAUGCGCUGCUCCAUCAGGGAGAGAAUCGAACCAUAACACUCCUCCCUGCGUGUAUCAGACGCAAACAUACAUAGAUACAUACAUGCGUAUGGCUGUUUGUGUCUGGGGGUGGUGGUUUGGUCGCUCACUUGGCUCUGAAUAUCUGCUCGACUUGUGGGUCGUUGGGUGCGGACGGGGGUGGCGGCCUCGCCGUGAGGCCAUGCGGAUCCAGCGCCUUGGCCCGCUCACACGCCAUCGUGAUGAACAGCCUUCCGGACACACAGACAGUAUACACACACACACUUUAUCUCGCCCAGCCUCUCGGUGCUGUGUGUCAGACAACGUCUCCCUCUCCCCAUCUCUCUCUCCCUCUCCCUCUCUCUCUCCCUGUCCCUCACCUGACAGUCUUGGCAGCCUCCGCUUUCUUCAAGAGUGCCUUGAUGUCGACAUCGGGCACGAGCAGCCAUGAGGAUCUGGUGCUGUCAUUCCUGCCAUCAGCACACAACAGACACACACGAGCAUCGAUUAUCUCCCUCUUUCGACAAAACCCAUGACAAAGCCGCCAGUGUCGCCUGGCGCCGGAUCUGGUGGUUGAGAGGGCUCGUCCAUCGGUACUCAAAACCAAUGCCCGGUCUUCUGGCGGGCGAAAGGGUCGCUCCGCUUCGUUACCGUGCCACGAGGCUCUUCAUCGACAUCCUGGACGGCACCAGCAACAGAGAAUUCGAGAUCGAACAGAAGAGAAGGCACAGAGAAAGGCUGCGGCCUGCUUCCUUCCUGUCUUGCGCUGUGCUUCAAAAAAAUAUUACGCCCCCCCGUCUCCAGUCUUGUAAAUCUCGACAGCGCGAUGGUGUGUGGAGUGUAGUCCACACACCGGCAGGCACCAAUGAACGCACCGGCGACUGAUUACCCAUGCGUUUUCGUCGGCACUUGGAACACACACGUCAAUCAACAUGGCUACUAUUGGAUACUAUUGGAGGGCGCGUGGCUGAAGUGCCCCACGUCUCGUGCAUGGUCGUGUGGUGAGGCAAGUACGGCAAAUACACAAGCUUCUCUCCGUCAGUUCAGAUGUGCUCAGUCAGUCAAGUCGAGUCAGGAUAGAGUGAGGGGCUGUCGAAGGACACGGAAUGCAAGUCGCCUUGGCUACGUCACGUGUGUGGCCAGUAUGCUCAGUGCUGGCAGCGGCAGCUGACAAAGAUGAAGGAGCAAAUACACAGAUCAGAUGGCCACAAACACACACACAGACCAGGCUGCCUGCCUGCCUGCCUGCCUGCCUGGAAAGCGAGAGCAACAGCGACUAUGUGU